AGUACAUUUACAGCACCACAUUACAUGUAUAAAAUGCACGGGAAAUGAAUACACACAAAAUAUUUGAACCGUUAUAAAUAUGAAUUCUCAGUGAAAACAGCUGUGUUCCUAAAAUCAGUGAUGAAGCACAGGGUUUUAUUCACAUGCUCGCCCUGCUGUACAUCACCGAGCAGAGGAAACGAGAUGACAGCAAACGAGACACAACUUCCUCCAGUGAUUGAACUCCCGGUGAUGCAAUUACCAGAAAAUAUGAUGAAUCUGACAACAUCCCCCGUAACCACAGCACUACAACUGGGACGAUUUCUCUAAUCGCACCUUCCUUCCUUCCUUCCUUCGCUCGCUGCCAGCUGCUGCCAUCCAAGCACUCACUGGAGAGCCAAGAACACGUUUUCUCAUUAAGAGCAAAAUAAAGUUACUUUCUCUAUGAUUCACGUGCGUUCAGCCAAUAUUUGUAAACUGUUACAGCGACAGUUACAAACAAGUUCACACUCACAGUGUUGUCUCUGGAUACCAUAGUCUAGUUUAACCUCCUCCUCACUUUCAUUUACACAUUUUUGAUUUGCAACCAGUCAGUUAUGCAUUGUUUUAAUCAUGCUAGAAAGAGAACGCGCUUGGUUUUAUCAACCGUUACAGUAAUUAAGAUGAGAACUGGUUACACAAACGGCAGGAGGUUAAUAAUAAAUAUUUCUGAAAGUGCAUUUUUAUUUUUACCACUUUCACUUUCAGUUUCUCCCCAAGCUUCUAUUUCUACCUUCAUACGCAUUUUCAGUUUAAUUUUAUUAGGCCUGACCUGCCCUGCAUAACUUGUUGAACAUACUCUGGGUAAUUUUAUUGUAUUUCUGCUCCGAUGCAGAGCCCCACCUAGGCGUGUUCACACCGCGGGCCCUCCGCGCGGUUCACUCGCGCUGCGCCGUGACCAGGUUACGCGCAUAGUACUGCUACGUUACGAACGUUACGUACCCCGCGCGUAACCCUCGCAUUGGACAACCAUGGGCUUUCCCGGAAUUCAAUGAGGUGGGGCGGUGAUAGCACAAGUUGAGUUUAUACAAGCAGCAUGAGUGCCUAAUCACUUCUAUAGGCAUUUUUUAAUUGAUGAAAAACGCCCACCCUUAUAGAGAAAGUAAUAAUAAAAUGAAUAAUGAAUAACUUUAAAUAUAACUGCGAACUUCGAAGUUCAAUAUAUAACAGGCCGGAGACAUACGGUUGGAGUCAGAGGUGUCAGCGAGAUUAGUCAAUGGUGUAUUUACCCGGAAUAUUUUGCUAUGGCCGCUUCAGCUCUAAAGAUGUUUAAAGUUAGUGUUGAGCGCGUUACACCCGGUAAGCACUCACAGAAAGGAUCGACCCCACGCCCGGUGAGUCUCGGCGCGGCGCGGGGCGGGGCUACGUGAAAGGGGCGGGGCUACGUGGAGGGGCGGGGCUACGUGGAGGGGCGGGGCUACGAGGGCGGGGCCUUCCUCGGAGCCACAGUGGUUGCCAGGCGCUCGGUCAGUGUGUGGGAAGUGCCGAAAUUUCACGGCGUCACAGGCUUCGCUUCGCCGCGGCCACGCUCAUCUCCAGAGUUACUCUCGAGAGUCUGGGCUGUGAGCAAGCGCUGAUCGCUCGGUAAAGGGCACCGAGGGUGUCCAAAUUCGCUGGGUAGAAGAGCCCUGAUCUAACCGGUAAAGGUCACUGUUCCCCAAAGUAACUUUCUUACGUUUCCGCUGGUACAUAAGGUACGGUGCAUUUCAAGGAGCAGUCUGUUUUGUUCGGGGGGCUGUGUCGUAGGAGCGACCCCCCCCGUCUCAACAGCAUUGGCUGGGGUGCGCUCAAAGUGUAAUAAAUGAUUAUGGAGAGGAAGAGGAUGGACUGCCCGGCUCUGCCCCCGGGCUGGAAGAAAGAAGAAGUGAUCCGGAAGUCGGGUCUCAGUGCUGGCAAGAGCGACGUCUACUACUACAGCCCCUCGGGUAAGAAGUUCAGGAGUAAACCACAGCUGUCACGAUACCUAGGAAACUCGGUAGACCUGGGAUGCUUCGACUUCCGCACUGGCAAGAUGAUGCCAAGCAAGCUGCAGAAAAACAAGCAGCGGCUUCGCAACGAGAACUUCAGCCUUUCCAAGGGAAAACCUGACUUGAACACUGCACUUCCAAUCAGGCAAACGGCUUCCAUUUUUAAACAGCCAGUCACCAAAGUAGUCAACCAUCCGAGCAACAAAGUGAAGACUGACCUUCAGAGAGCCACGGAACAGCCCAGACAGCUUUUCUGGGAGAAGCGGUUGAAAGGCUUGAGAUCAUCAGACGUAACGGAAGAAGUCCUCCGAACGAUGGAGCUUCCCAAAGGCUUACAAAGUGUCGGGCCAGACACAACAGAUGAGACCCUACUGUCGGCCAUUGCCAGCGCGCUCCACAUGAGCUCGGCCCCCAUUACUGGCCAGACGUCAACAGCGGCAGAGAAGAACCCAGCCAUCUGGCUGAACACAUCACAGCCUCUUUGCAAAGCCUUCGUUGUUACAGAUGAAGACAUUCGGGAACAGGAAUUGAAAGUCCAUCAGGCACGGAAGAGUCUGGAGGAAGCACUGAUGGCAGAUGGUUUGGCGCGGGCCGCCGAAUCAACCAGAGACAUGGGCGCGGAAGGCAAAGCCAGCACAUAGACGCUGGAGCAGGGCAGAUUCCGAAUCACGGAAGAGAUUAUGAUGGAGAUGCUGUCAUCAGCCUGCUUUAAAAGUUCAAAGCACCCAUGCACAAUUUGUUACUUUCUAAUGCGUAGCAAAAACCAAGGCCUUUUUGACUAAUAUUUUUGAUGUACAUACCUAUAUAUAAUUUGAGAAACAGUACUUAUUUUGUGUCAGAAUUUUCAAUUUCGAGAUUCUUUUUAUAAUAAUGGCAAAUCUUGAGCAAUACUAUUUGAAUUCUGGGAACUUUGAGUCAGGUUGCAAUCUGCUGGAUUUGUAUUGCUAAAUGUUUUGUUUUUUUUUUUUUUUUGCCUGUAAGGGAUUUGUCAAUUUCAGGGUUUAUAACAGAUAAUGCAUUUUCUGAUUAUGAAUGGAAAACUGCUUAUUUAAGAAAAAGAAU